GUGCAUGUCUCUGAUACCUUCCCAUCGCGCAAACUUAAGGAAGCUCUUUAAAUCUCUAAUAUUACGCGCCAACUUCCUCAGACAGAAUUUUCAUGCAAGAAGAAAUGAAGAAUAAGCAUCAUACUUCUUUGACUAUUAUUUUCUUGAUGGUAAACCUGGUUUGUAUCCAACCAAUGAAAAGGAGAGACAUAUUAAAUACCCUGCUGAACACAACAGAAUAUGACCCAAGAAUUGCACCUGAUUUUGAGAGAAAUGAGGCAACAAGAGUUCAUGUCCAGCUGUCGGUUAUAAGUAUCGACUCAAUUAAUGAAGUAUCGAUGGAUUACACACUCAACGCCAUUCUUCGACAAACUUGGAUAGAUCCGCGCCUAAAUUUUUCUCACCUCAGCAAUAUCAGCAUGUUGGAACUGGACCACAGGCGGAUGAGCGAUGUCUGGCUCCCCGAUACGUUUUUCAGAAACGAAAAAACAGCUACUUUACACGCAAUCACUGUCCCAAACAAACUUCUCCAUAUAACUAAUGAUGGCCGUGUCAGAUACAGCAUCAGAGUAUCCUUAACACUCUCUUGCACGAUGGAUCUGAGAUUUUUUCCUAUGGAUGACCAAAUUUGUUCUAUUUUAGCAGAAAGUUAUGGAUAUUCUAUUGAUAACGUGCAUUUAAUGUGGGAGCCGAAGAAUUCCUUCAUAAUUCAAACAACAGACGAUGAGUACUCUUUACCACAGUUUUAUCAGCACAAGCCAGUAGAAACUCUCAAGUACUCCAUCGUCAACCCAUCUAAUGUUGAGUUCUCUGGACUUCAGGCUAAAUUAUAUCUCCGACGAAACCUGGGAUAUUACAUGUCACAAGUGUUCAUUCCCAGCAUUCUUAUCGUCACUCUCUCCUGGAUCUCUUUUUGGAUUCACGUUGAUGCUGUUCCCGCGAGAGUCUCGCUCGGGGUUAUUUGUGUGCUUACCAUGACAACGCAAAGUGCUGGUGUCCGGAAUUUUCUUCCACGUGUUUCCUACAUUAAGGCAAUAGAUGUCUGGAUGGCAUUUGGGCUCUUGUUUGUAUUUGCGGCGCUACUCGAAUACGCUUAUGUUAACGUUCAGACUAGAAAACAUCACAAGCAGGUCAAGAAAAGCGAGAAGAAAGAUAAGAAUGGUGAAACCAACGAUAAAGAAAUUUGUCCUGAAUAUUUUAUGGAAAGAGCUCGUCGUGUGGACAGAAUUUCACGAAUUGUUUUCCCUGUGUCUUAUAUAUUAUUUAACAUUGUUUUCUGGAGUGCCUAUCUAUCGAAAUGAACGAUCCUCUAUGAAGCAUUACAAUUAACCCAAUUUCAAAUUAAUGGAGAUAUAUUUUGCACGGUAGAUCUAUUAAUCCAUGAAUUACCUACCAAAGGUUCAUGGAUACUUCACUAAACAUAUGCUUGUACAUGUAACAUGUAUUCAAUGAUUAGUUUUAAUUCAAUAUUUUUUUUACAUGCUUUCACUAAAUGAGCGCGAUAACAUGAAAACUAAUUUCGCUUCAAGUACUCCGAUCCUUAGCCAGGAAGGAUAACUCUUUAAUUGAUAACCUGAUAAAAGUCUCAAAAUGAAGCUUAAAAAAUAAAAUCUUUUCAUGCAAUUAUUUUCAUUUUUUUUUACCUCUAAAUGUGAUUCAAGGUUCUCUGAAGAUCUCGGAACGGUCUUUAAAAAUGUCGAAAUUUUUACCUCAAGAAAGUAUUCUAAAAUUUCAAACUUAAAGAAAUCGAAGUUCUUUUAAUUUAACGAUAGAUUCCAAUGUGUAUUAGCAUGAUAUGACAUUAGAAAUAAUUUAUGGUGCUUUGCAGUUAAAUGAAAAUCUAAUUACGCUAUGCAUUAUAAAAUGAUCGAAGUGAAUGGAAGAAACUUAAGUACCUUAUAUUUAUAAUAAUUAUGCACUUUCUGCAAAAACCUGAAAAACUAUGAAUUUUGUUUCUAAAAAUGUGUUUGUUGAUGAAAUUUGAAUUUGAAAAUGCAUAGUAGGUGUUUCAUUCGUAUUUCUGGAAAAUUUAUUUGAGAUUUACUAAUUUUCCUUAUAUACAUUGUAAUAUGAUUAAGAUAAAGUUUCAAGACUUGUCGUUGGUAAGAAAAA